UUGCUCUUUGCUUUGGUUUGGUUUAAGGAGUUUUGGGCUCCGAGUGAGGCGUUUGACACUUGAUUAAGGGACAGCCCAAGAGGGCGGGGUGUAACCUCAACUGAUUUCCUGGUCGGCGAAAACAGCACGAGAAGAUGAAUGUGGGCGUGGCUCACAGCGAGGUCAACCCCAACACGCAGGUGAUGAACAGCCGAGGGAUCUGGCUGGCCUACCUGCUGCUAACUGUCGUGCUGCACGUGGUCCUGCUCAGCAUUCCCUUCUUCACCGUGCCACUCGUAUGGACCCUCACCAACGUCAUACACAACCUGGUGAUGUACCUGUUCCUGCACACGGUGAAGGGCACGCCCUUCGAGACCCCCGAUCAGGGCAAAGCCCGUCUGCUCACACACUGGGAACAGAUGGACUAUGGCGUCCAGUUCACAGCUUCGCGCAAAUUCCUCACCAUCUCGCCAAUCGUUCUGUAUAUUCUCGCCAGUUUCUACACAAAGUACGACGCGACACAUUUCCUAAUCAACACGUGCUCGCUCUUGAGUGUCCUCUUGCCAAAGUUGCCUCAAUUCCACGGAGUGCGAAUAUUCGGAAUCAAUAAAUACUGACAGAACUAAAUGAACCCUGGAAUGUAACAACUCCAAACACUGGACUUUUUGUUUGUUUUGUUCUUACGUUAUUACUCUUAUGUAUGAAAUCUGUUUGUGCUGUCUGUGUGGAGCCAUAAAUGGAAUUGCUGUUUGCGACGAGGCGCCGCUUGUGUUUCAUGGAAAUUUAAUUAUUCUUAUCGGGAGGGUUUUAUUCAGUGACACAUCAUUUGUUCUUACUGUGGACGAAGCAACACUUUUAACCUGCAGAUUUGAUCAUUACUUUAGGAAUAUCGCUCGCUAACUCUUUUUUGCCCCAUUUUUGGAGUUCUUCAUCUGUUGUGCAUAUGAUGAUCUUGAAAGCUGAUUUGAAAUCGUUUGUGUAUAUCAGAAAAGGCUCCAAGUUUGUAAACUGUACACAUGUGACUAUUAAUGUGAAUUGUUGUUUCCAUCCAUUGCAGAAUUGCAGCAUUUUUGUGUUUUCCCCCAGCUGUUCAGCGAACUAUUCCUGUUUGCAUUUUACACAUCAGCAAUAAAGCUUCACUUUGCUAUGAUAGUCAUCUGAUUUUACUGUUCCUAAAAUGAUCAGUGAAUGAUUGAAAUCAUUGCAGGCCACAUUGUAGUUAGGAAUGACCCCAAAGUUAUGACUGAAAUACAUUUAACUGUAUAAGAUUAUUAUUCCAUAACCACAUUUGCACCAGAAUUAUGUAGCUCUGUAGAAAAUUAAGACCAAAACAACACUGGGCUUUUUUUUUUUUUUGGGGGGGGGUGUCAGGGGUGAUGUUGACUUUCUUGUUUUCUGCAAAUAAAUGACUUUGUAUUUGGGUG